AUGUCAGGACCCUCACAGACCCUCCCCACGGCCGACGAGGUCUCCGCCGCCUCUUCCGUAACCAUCCUCGACUCCUCCGGCAACGAACUCCCCCUCAGCACGCUCUUCCAGAACGAAAAGGGCGGCAAGGCGGACUACGUCUCGUUCCUCUCGCACAAGCUCGCCCCAUCCUCCCUCGCCGCCAGUAACAUCAAACUCUCGAUCGUCGGCUGUGGCGACCACAAGUUCAUCGAGAACUACCGCAAACAACUCGACUGUCCGUUCGAGAUCUACGCGGAUCCGAGCAAGAAGGCGUACGAGGCACUGGGCAUGACGCACCGCACGCUGGAUCUGGGGGACAAGGCACCUGAGUAUGCGAAGGGAGGGAUGGUGAGCAAUGUGGUUGGGUCAAUCGCCAGCGCCUUCAAGAUGGGCAGAUUUACGUCGGCCGGAGAUAUCAAGCAGCUCGGUGGCGAGUUCGUAUUCGAGCGAGGACAGGUCGUCUGGUGUCACCGAAUGGCGAACACCCGCGACCAUGCGCCCUUCAGCGAACUCUCACAAGCGAUGGGCAUCAACGCGCAGUGA